AAAUCAAGGCACCGGAUGCAUGUAUCGAUUUAAUACAAACUCUAGUCAAAUUCAAGAAAACAUGGAAAUGGUAAGUACUUCUAUGACUCCCGCGUUAAGAAGCAAAACAGUUACUCCAUUUCCAUAAAAACAAAACUUCUGUGGAUAUGUUCUAAUAAAGUUGUCUACCGACAAGAUUUAAAGCAAUCAAAUUUUUAUUUUUUGGUAAUAACACAAGCUUAGUAAUUGUCCCAUUCGUGCAUCUACAGACAGUCAGACAUAAGUAUUUGAAACUGUACAAACAAUGAGAAAAUCCCCCUUCUUUUCCCUUUUUUUUGUUUUGUUUUCUUUGUUAAUGUCCCAUUCAACUCAUAGCAGUUCUUGUUUCUUUUUUCUUUCCUCGUGCUGUAAUAGCCAAUAUGGUGGCACUUUUACAUCAUAUAGGAAUUAAGAAAAACAUCUUUGACCCUCCAGAGCUGGAGUGUCAGACUCACAUUGGUCCAAAGUUGGUACUUUCACAACCUUUCUUUUUUCUUUCCGCAGAUCUAGGAAUAGUCUGCCCAACAGAAAGAAGAAAGAAACUGCAGAUCCCAGAUUCCACACAUUACAGAUGCAACUCUUUCUUUCCCCUUUCUUGUUCAUAUGAUAUCAUCAUAUGAAACAAGGAGAGAGGUGGAGACAAAUUAACAGAACCCCAGAAGGAAAAAACAAUCUUUUUUGUUUGAUUUAGUGUAUAGAGAGGGAUUUUGGUAUAGAGAAAAACAGGAGGAGAUGGCUAUCCAAGAAAAUGGGAAUGGGGGUUUUAUGAAGUAUAAGAGGAUGGACUCUGAUGCAGUGGAAGAGGAUAGUGUAUUGAGUGAAGAGAAAAGAAAUGACAGCAGCAGAAAAUAUGUUUUGGUUUGUGCCAUCUUUGCCUCACUUAAUUCUGUGCUUCUUGGAUAUGGUUGAUGUUGGUGUUAUGAGUGGAGCUAUUAUAUUCAUUCAGCAAGACUUGAAAAUUACUGAAGUACAAGAAGAAGUCCUUGUUGGAAUCUUGAGCAUAAUUUCACUCUUGGGGAGUUUAGCAGGAGGGAAAACUUCAGAUGCCAUCGGCAGGAAGUGGACCAUGGCUUUUGCAGCCAUUGUGUUUCAAACUGGAGCUCUUAUAAUGGCUCUUGCUCCUAGUUUCAAGGUGUUAAUGGUAGGCAGGUUUCUAGCUGGAAUUGGUAUUGGGUUCGGAGUCAUGAUUGCACCUGUUUAUAUCGCUGAGAUAUCACCAACGGUUGCUAGAGGGUCUUUCACUUCCUUCCCUGAGAUAUUCAUCAAUCUGGGGAUCCUUUUAGGUUAUGUUUCAAAUUAUGCUUUUUCUGGUUUAUCCCCCCAUAUAAAUUGGAGAGUCAUGCUUGGUGUGGGGACUCUCCCCUCAAUUUUUAUUGGUAUCGCGCUAUUUGUCAUUCCUGAAUCUCCAAGGUGGUUGGUGAUGAAAAAUCGGAUCGAUGAGGCUAGGUUGGUGCUAUUAAAAACUAAUGAAAAUGCAAAUGAAGUGGAGGAGAGGCUAGCAGAAAUUCAACAUGCUGCAGGGCAUGUUAAUGCUGAGAAGUAUGAAGAGAAAGCUGUGUGGCGUGAACUGCUAAAUCCUUCACCUGGAGUUCGAAGAAUGCUGAUUACAGGUUGUGGGAUUCAGUGCUUUCAACAGGUCACGGGUAUAGAUGCAACUGUGUAUUACAGUCCAACAAUUUUUAAGGAUGCUGGAAUUAAGGGUAACACUCAACUCCUGGCUGCAACUGUUGCUGUUGGGUUCACAAAAACGAUAUUUAUUUUGAUAGCCAUAUUACUCAUUGACAAAAUUGGUAGGAAACCUUUGUUAUAUGUCAGCACAAUUGGUAUGACUACUUGUCUGUUUGGCCUUGGCCUCACACUUUCUUUCCUGGGGAACGGUUCAGUUGGAAUCAAACUGGCAAUUUUAUGUGUAUGUGGAAAUGUAGCAUUCUUUUCCGUGGGGAUCGGUCCAAUUUGUUGGGUCUUGACAUCUGAAAUCUUCCCUCUAAGACUUCGGGCCCAAGCAUCAGCUCUUGGUGCAGUAGGGAGCAGGGUUAGUAGUGGUGUUGUUGCAAUGUCUUUCCUCUCCGUUUCACGUAUGAUUACAGUAGGAGGAACAUUUUUUGUGUUUGCUGCUAUAUCAGCUCUCUCUGUUGUUUUUGUUCAUAAAUGUGUUCCAGAAACAAAGGGGAAAUCAUUGGAAGAAAUCGAAAUGAUGUUUCAGAAUGAUAGGCCACAACAAGGUGGUGAAUUGGAGCUUGAAGAUGUCAAACAUCUAAUGCAGACACAAUGAAGGGGUGUAUCAUAUCAUAGUUUUAGCAGCAGCGAGAAGAAAUUUGGCAUUUGCUAUGGAGAUGCUUAUUCAACUUGCCAGCUUCACAAUAUUUGUGAAUUGUGUGUGAAAGAGAUUAAUUCCGUGAUUAUUCUCAUUGAUUGAGUUGGUAAAUAUACCAUAGUUACAAUGUGAUAAAUAGUGUAAAUAUUCUUUUACUACAUAUUUAUUUACACUAUUUAUCAGUGUGGAGUUAAUUGCAUCACACAAUAAGAUAGAGAUAAAAACAAAACAAAAUCUUUAUUCAUUUGUCGUUAAGGCUGAAGCUUUCUUGUACCUUGAUGACUGGGGUCUCUGGAAUUUGAUAGCUAGAUACUUAGAAGUAAUACAUAGUGUUUCUUCUUCUCC